CAGUACUGUAAUUUUUUUUGUGAUGUGUAAUAUACUGUACUAUAGGUUUGCUGUACUUGCACAGUUUUCUAAACUUGUAUUCAGUUUCUUUUAUAACUUGAAAACAAAUAGAUGUGAUUUCCUUUUUGUCGUCUCAAAUGGCUGUUUCAUUUUUUUCUUAUGUGGUUAAUUAGUUUUUUGUAGUGUAAUCCUCUUAUGAGAAAAAAAAAAAAAGAUUACCUGCAUGAGUGAAGUUUGAUUACUUUUUCCCCUGUAGUACAAUAGUUUUUGUAACAUCUCGCCACAUCUAAUGAUCAUUUUAAACACCGGUCAUGCCAUACAACAAGCUAAAAUAAACUGCUUUCUGUGUUGUUAUUUGCAGUCAUAAGCCGCUUGUUCAGAUCAGCUACAUGUAUUGUUCUUUGGUGCUAUUCCAUUGUUUAAAUUUCUUUCUUCCCUUUUAGUUUAAAAGGUUUGUCUGUUUUGUUUUUUUUGGGGGGGGGGUUCAGGUUCUAGUGGUUGUUGAGCUCAACUGUGAACUUCACAUUGCACAUAAUUGAAAAUAAUAAAAAAUAAGAUUGGAGUUUAUUUAUUUUGCUCUUGACAGUCUGCGUGUGAGUAAUGACUGAGGCUGUAUUUAGUAAGGGCGAUAAAGCCAAGAGAGAGUCAAAUGUAAUGGCAGGAGGGGAUCUCACUAGUAGCGAUCUGGAGACUGGAGAGAAAACACCCUCUGGUGAAACCGCGCAACAUGUGACCAGGCGUCCAAUAAAGAAGGCUGCUGCACAAACUUGGCUCUUUCUUUCUUCGGAACUCUCAGUCACUCCAAACGCUUGCAGUGAAAGAAACAUGCCACAUGCACCGCCAGAAGUGUUGAGUCCCAAGCCCCUGGAAGGGGGUUGGGGCUGGAUGGUGGUGUUCGGCGCCCAUAUUUCCAUUGGAUUUGCAUAUGCCACUCCCAAAGCCAUGUCCAUUUUCUUCAAGGAGAUCCAAGAAGACUUGGGGGCCAGCUACAGUGAAAUUGCAUGGAUUUCCUCUAUCAUGCUGGCUGUGAUGUAUGCAGGCGGACCAGUAAGCAGUAUGUUGGUCAGUCGCUUCGGAAGCCGACCAGUGGUCAUGAUGGGUGGACUGAUGUGUGGGGUUUCCAUGGUAACAGCCUCAUUUGGGAGCUCCAUCAUUUACCUCUACCUUUGCAUUGGAAUCAUCGGAGGCUGGGGACUCUGCUUUAACCUGAAUGCGUCUCUCACCAUCAUCAGUAAAUAUUUCCUCGCCAAGCGACCGUUGGCCAAUGGACUUGCCAUGGCCGGCAGUCCAGUGUUCCUUUGUGUUCUGGCCCCAGUCAACCAGUAUCUCUUAGGACACUUUGGCUGGAGAGGAAGCCUGCUUAUUCUCGGGGGUAUGAUGUUAAACUGCUGUGUUGCGGGGGCCUUAAUGAGACCUGUAGCUCAGCUUUGUAAACCGAGAUCUUGUACACCACCAAAGAAAGUGGAACAGACAAACAACACGAAGACAAGAGGAAGCUGUAUGAAGAACGCUAAGACAUUUAUGGAUCUGUCUUUCUUCAAGGAUCAGGGCUUUAUCAUUUACCUUAUUGGAAAUGUUAUGUUUAUCUUUGGCGCCUAUGCACCCAUCGUGUUCCUGUCAGCAUAUGCAAUUAGCCAAGGUGUAGCGGAAUACUCUGCAGCCUAUCUGCUCUCCAUCAUGGGCUUUGUUGACAUGUUUGUUCGGCCCGGCACUGGGCUAGUAGCCAACAGCAAGUGGAUCAGGCCGAGAAUCCAGUACCUUUUCAGUUUCGCCAUGGUCUUCAAUGGCACGUUCCAUCUACUUUGCCCUCUGAUGAGGACCUACCCCCUGCUGGUGGCCUAUGCUGUGUUCUUUGGCGUGGGCUUUGGGAUGGUGUUCGCUCUGAUAUUUGAAUGCCUCAUGGACCUGAUGGGAAGCCAACGCUUCCCCAGUGCUGUCGGACUGGUGACCAUUAUAGAGUGCAUCCCCAUGCUCUUGGGACCACCUGCUGCAGGGUUACUGGUGGACAUCUUUGGAGACUACAAGUACCUUUUCUUUAUGUGUGGAGGAGUGAUCACAACUGGUGGGCUCUUUCUCUUCGUCAUGAACGUCUAUAACUACAACAGAUUAGACAAAGCGAAUAGAUUAAAAGACACAGGGCACAACCAGAACACUAUUGAGAACCAGGAGCCCGUAAGCAGCUCAGAGGCUCAGAUAGUACUCAUGGACCUUGAGGUGAAAGAGAUGAAGACAGCCCAACUAGAUCCAGAGGACAAAGAAGAAACUAGUUAAACCAUUUGCUGGCUAAUAGUAAUACUGUAUAGUUAAUUAAUAACUUGGUGGAAAAAAAAACUAAAGAAAAGCCUUUAUUGCAGCUCCAGAUUCAUGAAGUCAAUCCGAAUACAGGCAUACAUGGAAAUAUCUGUCAGCACCACUAACAAAGACGUUUAAAAUCCCUUAGAAUAAAUAAGCUUUUGUUGCCAGUAGCAGUUUCUCAUACUAAAGAUCUGGAGGAAUCCAGCCUUUAAUAUAAAUACAUUUAAUCAGUGAUUUAAAAAAAUAAAAUUUUAGCAAAUAAUGCUGUGUUCCAUUUGUGCUCUGACGUCCGAGCAGGAAAUUUGAACUUCAACGCCCGCGAAAGUUGGAAUUACAAGUCAGGAGGUCGGGGCCACACGACCAUACACGUCAACAUUCAAAAUGGUUGCUAUUUGCAUCAAUAGUAGUAAAAGUUACUACUGUGACUGUUUUUAGCUGUUCUUAAUUGUUUAUGCAACAUUUAGUGACUCAUGCACGUACCACUUUUCCGUGUUUAUAAGACGAGAUGUUUCAACGCUGUGCAUAUGCACAAAAUACUGCGUAGAGCAGUGUUAUUGUCGUUGUUAUUACUGUAAGACUGCUGUUGCAAUUCCUAGCAGUACAAACAAAAACAAGCAGGAAACUGGAACGCUACAACUCGGAGAUGACGUAAACUCUAACAUCCCAGUUCUGACUUCCGAGGUUAAUGAAACGCAGCAAAACUGCUUCCACAAAAUCAAACAAAGAGUGGGAUCUUCAACCAUUUCUACUGCCUCAACCUCCCUAGAUCGUCCACAGUUCCAGGGCAUCUUUUAUGCUCUCUUCUCUUCAGCUCAUCCACAGGUUUUCUGUAGGUUUUAGGUCUGGUAUCAUGGAUGGUCAUGGAAGACGGUUGAUUUUGUGUCUUGAUUUGCCCAUAUCAUUUGGAUCAUUACCUGAUGAUGACCCAUUUUCAGUUUACUGGUAGAUUCCACCAGAUUUUCAUUUAAAGUGUCCUGGUGCAUUAAGGACUUCACGAUGUCAGGCAGUUAAGAUUCUUCCCAGAUUUAGAAGGGAAACAGGCCCACAGCAUCACUAACCCUCCAACAUACAGUAGUCAUGAGGUGCUUCUUGCCAGACAACAGGAGUGUUUGCUGUCCAACAAAUAGUGAGCAUGCAGAUAGCUAAUGAUUGUUAUGGAGACUCUGCGACUCCAAGGUUGCAGGAGAUUGGGCGGCAGCGGGUGGGGUGUCACAUAAUAUUUAUUUAAACUAAAAAAGUAUACAUUUUUAAAUAAAGCCUCAGGGAUUUUUUUUUCUCUAAACAAAUUAGUUGCAGGUAAAAAAUGGUGCCAUUGGUGAUUUUGUUAAAAACUGAGUUUUUUUUCCAACUGAUUAAUUGAAAGGCUGAAUUUUUCCAGAAAAGUUGGUUAUAAACACAUUUAUUUCACUUCUACACAUCUUUGCGAAAGAAGCCAGUAAAUUUGUCUGUUUCUGUUGAAUUUGUAUGCUGGCUGAGCCUGUUGCUAAGAUACAGCCAUGUUUGGAGGGGGACAGAUGCUUGGAGAGAGUAAUCAAGGUGUGGUUUUAACAGCUUUUAAAGUGUUCUACGGUUUCAUUUGUCUAUCCUGAAUUUAAGGGUUUAUUCAGUCCAUUAUUGAAAGCCAUAUUUUUAUACCCUGUUAAAUAGAAGCCUACUAAUAAGGCAGUCAGAAUGCUUAUGCUUAUAAAAGACUAUCUAAAUAUUGAAAAAAUAUUUACAUAAAUCAUAGAACUGUAAAAAAAAAAUCACCUUAUCAAGCAUCUUUUUUUACCUGGUUGAAUUUCUCUUUGUCAAUUUCACUUAAUCACUUAAAAUUUUGUGUAUAGCUCAUAUACUUUAGGAUAUAUAGAAAAAAAAAGGAACUGGAAUAAACUAGGAAAAAAAUCUAAAAGGGUGAGAUGAACUGGUCUAAUAACCUGUUUUUCUUUAUCAUAUAAAAAUGUAAAUAUAAGCUUAAUUAAUGUGCUAUCUGUGUAGCAAUAUAGGUAAUGUGACAGCAUACUAAUCAGUAAUGCCAAAUUAACACAAUAUAGUUUUAUAAGUGUAUUCUUUUAGGAGUUAUCAGUUAUUUGGUGAUGUUUCAGAAGAAGAUCUUAAUUGUUCAGUUUUGUGUAUUAAGAAAAAUUACAUGCGAUUAAAAACAGUUGUGGCAUCUUUAGCAUGCUGUGCUAACAGCUCAAAGGCUGGUUUUACCUCAGUAAUAAUAUUACUGUCCUGACAGGUUUUCCUGCCCAACAUGGGGGUGUCACUGAUCUACAAUCUGGCACAUGGUGUCCAUAUUCAGAUGUUUAGAGGUGUGUCAGAGAUUUUGUCCCUACUUUUACAUUAUCCGUCUCUUCUCCUAAGGUGUUUUCAGGUCCAUGUGAAAUAUUAGCAGAUACCAGCUUUAAGUGUAUUACACUAUUGUUAUAUAGCUAACAAUCACUGAUUAUCAUACAGCCAGACUUUACAUUGAAUCCUGAAAAAGCAGAGUCACGUUAUUUUUAAAGAUAUAGCUCCAGUGUUCUAGUUAAACGGCAGUUUUUUAAUUAUGUUCAACAUGUUUUAAUGAUUCCUAAAGACAUUUUUACACACGCCCAAUUUUGUAUGAACGAUGAAUUGUUAACCUUAAUAAAUGAGUUAUUUAAAAUCCUG